AUGGGAGGUAUCUUUGAACCGUUUCUUGAUCACCAUGCCAAAGAAAGUCAGCCACCGAGUGUUGUUUUGCCUUCGGAAUUCCUGGCCGGUCGAACGGAGCAAGGUACUCGUAUAAAUUUACCACUGAUCGUUGAACCCACGAUGCCAGAAUUGUUACCGUCUGACGAACAACUUCAAAUGAUGAUCGAUCAUAAACAGACCACAUUGACUGUGAAACAGCAGAGAUCACUAACAAGUUAUGUGCUGGAACAAAUUCAACAGAACAAGACAGUCGAUGGACAAGAGUUAUUGCGAUUGGCGGAUCAGAAGACAGCCGAACUCGCAGCGCUCGCCAAUAUAAUUUUACGCAGCUCCAAAAUUGGCGCUCCCAUUGCAUUAGAACUCUAUCGAGGCGCCAUGGACGCUGGUGACGAUCGUGGGGCUUUUAGUUAUGCCAAUAUGAUUUACAGAGGUUACCGAGGAACGCCGAAAAAUGAGGAAUUGGGAAUCAAGCUCAUGUCACAACUGGCACAAAAGGGUCAUCCUUAUGCGCAAAUGAACCUCGCUGCCAUCCUCAUGCGAACACGAUCCGAUCAAGUGGAAGCUGCCCUCAAAUUAUACCAAUUAGCGGCCAAGGCCGGUUUGCACAAUGCGUAUGCUGAGCUGGGCCGCAUGUACCGUCUGGGAUACGGAGUUCAUCAGGACCAUGCCAAAGCCAUUCACUAUUUUGAGCAGGGCUCUCGUGCAGGCAAUGCGCAAUGCAACUUCAUGUUGGGUGUAUAUUACUCCUCAGGAUUGGGCACCCAAGAAAAGGAACCCGAUCAAACCAAAGCAUUCAAGUAUUUCCAAAAAGCAGCCAUGAAAGGCAUGCCGGAAGCGCAGUAUAAUGUGGGACUUCGAUUUUUGAAAGGCCAUGGCGUGGAACCCAACAGUUUCAAUGCGGCCGAAUUCUUUCGGAUGGCGGCUCUUCAGGGUUUUCAGCUGGCGCAGGCCAAUUUGGCAGGAAUGUAUGCUGAGGGACGCGGAGUGAAGAAGGAUCUCGACGAAGCUCGACAGUGGCUGUCCAAAGCUGCAGCGAGCGGUGGAGCCAUUGGGAAGGAUGCCGAGAAACGGUUGGCCGAAUUGAAUAAAGACAACAGCGCCAGCAAAUCGCCGUGCGUGAUCAUGUAA